AUGGAAAAAAGUUAAAAAUGUAUGGAAAAAAGUUAAAAAUGUAUGGAAAAAAAUUAAAAAUGUAUGGAAAAAAAUAUGCUCAACACAUUUUUUAUUAAAAAUUCAAAAUACCAACGACUUAAGAAUCGAAUAUCAUUCGAAUCGUUAUUCGAUUUCGAUUAGCAAACAACGCCCAUUGGUUGUGUUUGAUCAUUCAAUACUCGCAAGAAUUAUCCUAACCUCAAACGAAAAUUGAUAGAUAAAUCUCCUAAAAAUAAACAAAAUGGUAAGGAAACGCUCUAGAGGGGCCAAAAGAUAUUUUGAUAGCGAAGAUGAACCCGAAACGGAAUCCGAUUUUGAAGAUGAUGAUCCCGUUUACAAACCGCAAGCUAAAAAGUAUAGCUUGAGACAAAGAAAGAAACCAACUUUUAAUUCUGAUGAUUAUGAAUAUGAAGAGGAUAUGUUUGAUGUGCCUCCACGUAAAGAACCAUCGGACGAUGAAGAGUUUGAAGUUAAGAAUACAGAACAAACAAAUUUAACGGAAAAUCAAACGGAAUGUACAGAGAAAAAUGAGGAUAUAAGUGAAUCUGUAGACACUGCUAAGCCACCUGAGGAAGAAGCAGCAACUGAACAAGAACAGGAGCAGGAAGAACUAGUCGACUUCGAAGAUAUGAUUAGAGCUGAUAUAGUAAUGAAUAAAAAUCGGAUUGAUUAUGAUAAUGUUAUCCAAAAAACAGAAAUUAAAAUACAACCUCUUCCUGCAUCAGAAAGAGCAGCUGUAGUAGAACGAAAACGACAAAAACCACCGCCUGUUGUGAAACCUAAAGGUAAAAGAGGUAGAAAACCAAAACGUAGAAACAGUGAUAUUGAAUUAGAUGAACCUCAAUUUCUUGCCCCCCAGAUACAGGAAAAUGAAAAUGAUGAAGAUUAUCAUCCAUACAAACCAAAAAGGACAAGAAAACCGAAAACUAGACCUGCAGGAGAAGUGGAUAGCAGUAUUUUAGAUGAUUUUGAUGAUUAUGAGUUUGAAGAUCAAAAUGAUGUGGAUUAUAAUCCAGAUGAUGAUCUGGAUUACCCAGGACUAAGCGGUCUUUCUAACUAUAUUUUAGAUAAACAAAUUAGUGCAGAGUUUGAAAAUGAAAAUAAUGUAGAACAUCUACAAAACUCUCUCCAAGAACCUGUACAUUCUGUCAAUAUUGAAGAACCUGUAAAUUCUAUGCAUCUUGAAGAACCUGUAAAUUCUAUCAAAGAAGUUGAUAAUCCUGAAACAUUAGUUGAUAGCUCAUCUACAACAAUAAUGGAUAGUACUGUUGCUGUAACAGCAAUAGAAGAGUCAUCUCAAGAUGCUGAAGCUGUAAGUGUAAGUCAGACUGAAGAGCCCAGUGAGUCUGACACUACUUCUAGGGUUCCAGUUGAAGAUACAGAUUCUAUAGUGCCAGUUCCAGAUAAAUCUACAGUACCAAUUGAAGAUACACCCUCUGUGGAUCCACUUCAGGAUACCAGUGAAUCAGCACAAACAGAAAGCAGUUCUAACAAUGAGGAUACAAAUAAUGUAGAUGAUGAUGAUGGUGAAGAUGAUGGGGUGCCUAGGGUACUCAAUGAAAUUAGUGGAGCUUUUGAAAAAGUUACAUCAACUACCUAUGCAUCAGUUAUAAGAGUGAAUGAGACCAUUGUGAAUAGUGAUUUACAAGUUAAUGGAAAUGCUAAGCAUAUAGAAAAUCCAGAGGUUAAUAUUAUGGAUUGUAAAGAAGAGGUGGAAAGUGAAGAUGAUGACAUUGUCUUUAUUGAAGAUGAGCGAAAGUGUGAAGUUAUCGUUUUAGAUGAUUGAAUAUUUUUUUAUAAAUUUAGAUAUAUUAGACUGAGUUUCAGACGAAAGUAAGAGAUUGUAAUUUAAAAUUUUGUUCAGAUUAAUUUGUGAUACUCAUCGCUGCAUGCAUAUCUUUAAUUUGGGAGGGAUGAAACAAAAGACAAUGGGGAUCCUUUAUAAAAAAAGGUAGCUACUUUACCUUUUUUUUUUCUUCUUUUUUUCUAAUUCGAGCAGAUAUCACUGUGCAGUUAAUAAAAAUUGAUUUGAAGUUACGUCUUUUAAGAGUUUAUUUGUUACACAAUUAAUUACAAAAUUAUAAUUUUUUUUUGUUAUAGAUAAUACUUAUAUAGGUGUAUGUAUUUUUUAAUAAAAAAAACAAGUUUGGCUGUAGUUUUUAUGAGCUAAAGAUUUUCUUUAGAAAAUUUGCCAGG